AAGGCUUAUCUUGAGGCCAUCUCUGUCCCGGAGGCUUGGGAUAUCGUGGACUCUGGUCCCAAGAGGACACCUGUGACCAUCGCAGUUAUUGACGACGGAAUCGAGGCAACUCACCCUGACUUGAAGGAUAUCGUCAUCAAGGGCUACAACGUCGUUGAUAAGAAUGAUGAUACCAGUCCGCGAGGACCGCACGGAACUAUGAUGACUGGCAUCGUUGCUGCUAUCAGGAAUAACAAGAUCGGUAUGGCGGGUAUCCUGGACGAGGUGCGUAUACUUCCCAUAUUCGACGGCGAAGAAGUGACUUUCUCCGCAAUGGCGGAUGCUCUCACCUACCUGAUCAAUGAGAGGAGUGGUGAUGUGAAAGUUAUUCUCUUCACGGAAGGUUCCGAUUCAAGGAGAUCCCAAGCCGUUACCGACAAGAUUCGGGAAGCAACUGAAGCUGGCAUGCUCGUUGUUGUCACGGCAGGGGAUGAGAACCGGGAUCUGGACGUAACCCCAUCCUUCCCUUGUUCCUUCGGCCGCUCUGCCACUGAUGGAGUGUUAUGUGUGGCUGCAACGUAUGGUACCAAAAUGCAGCUCACCGACGAAAGCAAUUUUGGUUCAGCUGUUGACAUCGCCGCUCCAGGUCACGACGUAUUGGCAACUUUUCUUGUAGGGUACGGCACUUCUUCGGGCACUUCGCUUGCCGCCGCUAUCGUAGCAGGUAUGGCUGGGAUGCUCUACAGCCUUGAGCCAUCUGAGACCCCUGCUUACAUCAAAAGUAUCAUCAUGGACACGGCCACCCAAGGUGUCAAGGAUAAUAAAGGGAAAAAGACUCUCCCCUUCGGCCGCGUGAAUGCUGCGGCGGCUGUUAAGAAGAUACUUGGAAAAAAGAAGGUUUAA